AUAAGGAUAGAAAGGCUUGUAAAUUGCGGGAGAUGUGGUUGGGUGGGUCACGCCCCCUUUUUAUAUAUUUUCUUAUUUGUCUAAUAAAGUUGUAUUCGUAAACGAACUUUAUCUGUAAGACCACGCCUUUAACAGCAACUUAAGCAUUCUGCGAUAAACUCGAUGCCAGAGAACCGCAUAAAUACGCCUUCUUUGUACAUUUUUGUUUGUUCUUUUUUGUUGUUUUACAUCUCUACCUUCACUAUUUUAAGAAACCCAGGUGCAUAAUAAAUAGUAGGAAAAUCUAACAAACGGGGGGAAAAAAUAAGGUAAUGAGGUAUUCUCCUGAUUGAAUUACCGAAAGAUUAGUGAAUGGGUGUGUAGUGAGACUCUGCUGUCUGCGAUAAACCGAAGAUUUCGACAGUGAAAUAACAUAAACAAACAGAGAAUGAAACACGUGUUUACACGUGGGUUAUACGACUGAUUGGAAGAGAAACACUUGUGUGAGUACGAUGCGAAUGGCUUCGUGGAAUAGGCUUCUGUCGGCUAAUGUUACGCGCGAUAUAAAUGCGAAUUCUCUUCUUUAUGGGAGCACAUAAAAACUAUGCUACGAAGAAAAACGGAGAAUUAUAUAAACACGUUAGAGAGAGUCACUGAAGAAAUUUCGGUAACAGAAGACAGAACUGAGACAGCGUGAAAGGAAAUAUGAAAAUAAGAAAAUAAGAAAAUAAAAAAAGAACUAAAUUAGGUUAACAGCCUCAGAUCCAAAAAUACGAUGUUAUUAAAGCAGAAGGUAUCAUAUUUGAUUUAUGUCUACCUUUUGCUCUCACUACUUAGUAGAUUUUAAUCAUCCUAAAUAACUGCCAUUAUUUAAGAGAUUUACGACUGAGAAACGUCCAGGAUUAUUUAUUGCCACAAACAUGUCGCCACCCCGUUGUCAUCAACGUCUAAAAUUUACUCGAUUUUUACCUGUUUCAUGCCACCUGGCUAUUCUACUGUGGAUCUGUUUCGUUGUCGUCUGCCUUUCAAAUCAAACAAACGCCUGUAUACUUUUGUUAAACGGGUGGGAAGCAGCUCCACUGAGAGAGAGAGUUGAUCUGGCUGAAGUAGUCGUAAGCGGACGGGUUGAAGCUGCCUACAAAUUGAAUCGCACGAAAUCUGGGACGUACAGCGCUGAUGUAAGGAUCUUAACUGUAUACAAAGGAGAAGAUUACCUGAAGAAUGUAUCGAAAACGCUUUCUCAGACAUCAAAUCUUAAUUCCACUUACCUAAUAAGUAAUUUUGGUGAGCAAAUCUCUUGCUACGCGGAUGUGGAUUCUGGCAAGAAAUACAUUUUUUUCCUGACAGUAUAUGAAGGUCACCUGUCUGGUAAAUAUGAUGAUAUUUUCGGUGCUGCCGAUAAAUUUUCCGAAGAAUUGGACGCAAAGAUUAUGAAAAUACUCGGUUGGCAAUCAUGGAGUGCUUGGAGUUCGUGCCGGAGGAAUUGCGAUGGAGGAAUGCAAGUCCGGAAGCGCCGCUGUUUUAAUUCGACUUCAUCAAAUUGCAAAGGUGUAAUUAAAGACUUUCGACAUUGUAACACGUUUCCCUGUGAAGGUGUCAACAAUUUGUUAAAACUUUUUCGCAUAAAUAAUGCCAAGAACCAAAAGAUAAAUUCUAAGAAGUCUUCCAGACUUUUUACCGUAAUUCCUGGGAAAUCUUCGCAACGGCAGUUGUCAACUCUAUUUCCUUCAGGCUUUCCACACGACUUUUCUCUCUUUGUCACAGCGAAGUUCCCCUCCAACAGUAAUGGUUAUGUAUUAGCCUUAACUGAUUCUUCCAACAAAGUCUUACUGGGAAUUUGGUUCGGGACUAAACUACUAAGAAUCGAACACAAAGAAUUGGCAUCGCAUAGCACAGAGACAGCUGCUUUCCAUGUAGACCUGUUAAAUCAACGAUGGCACCAAUUCUCCUUGAGUAUGAAGGGAAAUUCUGUGACAUUGUAUUUUGAUUGUAUUCACGAGCAUUCUCAUUCAAUUCUUCGAUCAGGAAGGGCUUAUGUCGGAAACAAUUUCACACUCUCUAUUGGGGCAAAUGUUACAUGUAAGAAUUCUUCCUUCGAAGGCUAUAUUUCUCAGCUUGUUCUCUCACCGGACUCUAAUCUAGCAAAGAAGCAAUGCCAUAGACCUUCAAUCAACGAUGAUGCCACUUCUAAAGUCUCACUUACAGACAGACAAAUUAUAACGACAACAGAACGUAACUUUCUACCUUCUCUGCCACCUGAGAAGGAACAAUCAGUUGCUGACAAAUGCCCAACAUUGUGCUUAAACGGUGGAAAAUGUAUCACAACCAGAGCAAACAGCACAGUGUGCUUGUGUCCAGAAAGAUAUUUUGGCGAUCGGUGUCAAAACGCUUCUUGUUCUCCCGGUUGCUUCAAUGGAGGAGAAUGUAUAGAAGUCGGGAAAUGCCGCUGUUUAGAUGGCUACCGAGGAGAGUUAUGUGAGCAAGCAAUCUGUGAAUUUCCUUGCAAGAAUGGUGGACAAUGUGUUCGGCCAAAUUUGUGUAAAUGCACUUCCAAUUACUCUGGCACGGACUGCUCACACCCAUUAUGUGAUCGAGGCUGUUCCCAUGGCGGUGUCUGUGUCGCUGCGAACCUUUGUUCUUGCCGCCAGGGUUACACGGGAAGAUACUGCGAUACACCAAUCUGUACUCGCCGAUGCCAAAACGGUGGCUCUUGUAUUUUCCCUCAGCAAUGUAAAUGUCUUCCCAAUACAUCUGGAUUGUUCUGUGAAAAAUCUAAAUGUAAGCAGGUUUGCUUAAAUGGCGGUCGUUGUUCCAAUGGUGGAUGUCGCUGUUCAAAAUAUCAUUAUGGCAAACGAUGUGAACAUAGUAAGUGCCAUCUGGAGAAACAGAUGAAACCAAAGACGCGGACCUACAGAAGAAAGAUCAAAGAAGAAUACGUGACGCGAUGUGGCUCGAGGUUUAUGAGAGAAUGCCGGAAAACAGUCCUCAAAUAUAUCAUCGUAUCGAAAGAAUAUCUACAAAGUUCCCCGCAGUGUUCUCAGAAGAAACAAUAAUUUCAUGAAGACACGAAUUCGAGUUCAGCAUUUCAUUUGAGGCUAAACAGAUUGCAAACGUCUUGAUAAAUGUGCGUGCGUGUGUGUGUGUGUGUGUGUGUGUGUGUGUGUGUGUGUGUGUGUGUGUGUGUGUGUGUGUGUGUGUGGUGUGUGUGUGUGUGUGUUGUGUGUGUGUGUGUGUGUGUGUGUGUGUGUGUGUGUGUGUGUGUGUGUGUGUGUGUGUGUGUGCGUGCGUGCAUGCGCAUUCCGGAAAUGCUUAUCUCUGCCCUCUUGGUAGCACGUAUUCAGACGUAUCACAAGGAGAUCCAUUUGCACCUCACCCACACAUUUUUCUGGAUUAUGAAAUGCGUUUGUCUCGACAAGAAGAAAACUGAUGCACUGUUAGAAAAAAAAAAUGUCCAGAUCUAAAUUUCCAGAGUUCUAUAUUUAAGAGAUGAGGAAUUAUGUACAUUAUGUACAUUAUUUGCAUUUGACGGAUAUUUGUCCUCAUCUUGUUUGUUGUC